AUGCAGAUACCAACGACUCCUUCGCACCUUCUGUUGCCUACGUCUUUUGACCAUGACCAAAACAACAUGGAAGCACAGCAGCAACAUAAUUUUGUUUUCUCUUCUUUCAUGGAUCUCCUCCUGAUCCCGAAAAAACUUCCACGAGAAGACCAAGCUGAGGAUACUGUAGAAGAAGAAGAGAACAAAGCUGGCAUUCGCCUGUUCCAAGAGAAGCAAUGGCAAGCUCAAUUCCAAAAGCUUGUACAAUUCAAGCUUCAACAUGGACACUGUUGCGUUCCUCACUCUUAUUCAAGGGAUCCCACCCUCGCUCGAUGGGUCAAGAGACAGAGAUACCAAUACAAAAAGAAGAUGAGCUACAAGGUCGGUGACACUACGACAUCCAGGAGCACGACCCAAUCAACUUUUUCGACUCGUCGCAUCCAAGAACUCGAAGCUAUUGGUUUUGUAUGGCAUCCGCCUUCGUCCGCGUGA